CGCGGAGGCGGGAAGCGCUGCAACGCGCUGUGAGGCGGCGUAGGCGGCGCGGAGCGCGCCUCCAGGUUCCUCAGCACCUCUGCUCCUCAGUCCUCCGCAGCCGCCGAGUCAGCGCGCCUCCUGUGGGCUGACAGAGGAUACUUCAUCCCGACCCUCCCAGGAGGCAGAGCCAAAGAUCGGACCUCAGAUCCAGAAACCUAUUCACCCGCCUCGACCCAGGAAGCCAGAAGCAGGGUUACGGCGAGAUUGGGGCGACGUGCUCUUCUCACCUUUGGAACUGCUACUUUCCUGUCUCCCAAAGGCAGUCGUCGCGUUGGGAAAGCCCCUGGACCUAAUCUUUAAAUUUACCCCCUGUGGAGCGUGGCUGGCGUCCUCUAGCCGCGCGGCCGUGGAGAGUUGGCCUCGACUGGGAGUGACUCUCGUUUUGUGCCUUAGGAGAGCGAGAACGAGUGUGAGGGCCGAACAUCCUUUGGAGGAGAUGCCUUUAAAUAGUCAUCCAUAGCACCGAUAGAAACAGAUUUGUGUUGCUUUGUUUUGUUUAUACCGAGUGGUUUUUCGGUGAAAUGCUGUUUUGGUUAAAAGAAGAAAUGGCCCCUCAGGAGUUCACACGGCGACUGGCCACAGUGAUCACUCAUGUCGAUGAAAUUAUGCAGCAGGAAAUCAGGCCCUUGGUGGCAGUGGAUAUAAUUGAACAACUUCACAGACAAUUUGCCAUUCUUUCAGGAGGCCGAGGGAAAGAUGGUGCCCCCAUCAUCACUUUUCCAGAGUUUGUGGGGUUCAAGCACAUCCCAGAUGAAGACUUCCUGAAUGUCAUGACCUACCUAACUAGUGUCCCCAGUGUGGAGGCUGCCAGCAUCGGGUUCGUCAUUGUUAUUGACAGACGAAGGGACAAGUGGAGCUCCAUAAAAGCAUCCUUGACACGAAUAGCUGUAGCAUUUCCAGGAAACUUGCAGCUCAUAUUCAUUCUUCGUCCAUCUCGCUUUAUCCAGAGAACAUUCACUGACAUUGGCAUUAAGUACUAUAGAGAUGAAUUUAAAAUGAAAGUGCCGAUUGUUAUGUUAAACUCCAUUUCUGACCUUCAUGACUACAUUGACAAAAGCCAAUUGACAGCGGACUUAGGGGGAACUUUGGAAUAUUGCCACAGUCAGUGGAUAAAUCAUCGAACUGCCAUUGAAAACUUUGCUCUGGCAUUGAAGACCACUGCCCAGAUGCUUCAGACUUUUGGGGCCUGCCUGGCUACAACAGAGCUGCCCAGAAGCAUCCCUUCCACUGAAGACCUUCUCAUGUCCCACAUGAGGCAGCGGAACAAGUUGCAGGACGAGCUGAAAUUACUUGGAAAGCAAGGAGCCACAUUGCUGUCAUGCAUGCAAGAAUCAGCAACCAAAAUUCCCACCAGCAAACUCAGUCUCAAUGAAGUUGAGAAUGUAACUACCAUGGAAAGGUUAUUAGUUCAGUUGGAUGAAACAGAAAAAGCCUUUAGUCAGUUCUGGUCUGAGCAUCACCUGAAGCUUAAUCAAUACCUACAACUCCAGCACUUUGAACACAGUUUUUGUGAGGUUAAGCUAGCCCUGGACAACUUGUUGGCAGAGCAAGCAGAGUUUUCAGACUUCGGAGACAGUGUGAUGCAUGUGGAACAGCUUCUUAAGGAACACAAAAAACUGGAAGGAGAAGGCCAGGAGUCCUUGGAAAAGGCCCAGCUGCUUGCAGUAAUUGGGGACCAGCUUAUCCAAAGCCACCAUUAUGCAGUGGACUUCAUCAGACCCAGGUGUGCGGAGCUCAGGCACCUUUGUGAUGACUUCAUCAAUGAAAACAAAAAGAAACAUGACAUUUUAGAAAAGUCCUUGGAGUUGCAUAGAAGGUUGGACAAGGUCAGCCAGUGGUGUGAAGCAGGAGUCUACCUCUUGGCUUCCCAAGCUGUAGACAAGUGCCAGUCCCGAGAGGGUGUUGACAUUGCCUUGAAUGACAUUGAGACAUUCCUGGGCACAGCAAAGGAGUACCAGUUGCCCAGCUCCAAGGACUUUUACAACCAGUAUGAGUUGAUGCUCACUCUUGAUAUAAAGGCUAAAGCCCAGAAAGUCUUGCAGAAGCUGAGCGACGUGCAGGAAAUAUUUCACAAGAGACAAAUGAGUCUGAUGAAACUGGCAGCCAGACAGACUCGCCCAGUGCAACCCGUGGCCCCCCGUCCUGAGUCCUCCCCAAAAUGGGUGUCACCAAAAAUCAGCCAGCCCUCCACCUUGGUUCCUCAACAGAAAACAUCUGAGGAACCUUAUGCAGAGACAGAUUUAAACUCAGAGGAAAAGGAAGAUAAUGAGACUAAAUCUGAAGUCAAGAAUGAAGAAAUACUUGAAAGCAGUUAUGAUGCGGACAACCCUGAGCCAGAGCAACCUGACAGUUCCAAAAAUCUUUCUCCCAGCAGGCAUAUUAUACGUGACUUGCUUGAGACUGAAGAGACUUACAUAAAAGAGAUUAAGGACAUAAUUGAUGGAUAUAUCAUUCCAAUGGAUUUUAUUUGGCUGAAGCAUCUAAUUCCAGAUGUUCUGCGGAAUAACAAGGAGUUUCUCUUUGGGAACAUUAGAGAACUUUACGAAUUUCACAACAGGACUUUUCUAAAAGAAUUGGAAAAAUGCACCGAAAACCCUGAACUUCUGGCACAUUGCUUUCUCAAGAGAAAAGAAGAUCUUCAAAUAUAUUUUAAAUACCAUAAGAACCUGCCCCGAGCCAGGGCAAUCUGGCAAGAAUGUCAAGACUGCACCUACUUUGGGGUAUGCCAGCGUCAACUGGGUCACAGUCUCCCUCUUUUUAAGUGUCUGAGAGAACCAAGUCAGAGACUUAUAAAGUACCAGAUGCUGUUGAAGGGGCUGCUGGAUUUUGAGUCACCUGAGGAUUUGGAGAUGGACCCAAGUCAUCUAGAAGGAGGUUCAGCUAAGAACGGGCCAAAGAGGACCAAGGACUCAGCCUUCUUAGCCAACCUACAACAGGCUUUGGCCAUGAUGGAGGAUUUGAUCAAGUCCUGUGAGUUGGCCAUGGACCUGGCAGCAGUCACUGGAUGUCCGGAUGAUAUUGGAAAAUUUGGCAAGUUGUUGAUGCAUGGUUCUUUCAACGUUUGGACAGUUCACAAAGAUCGUUAUAAGAUGAAGGAUUUAAUUCGAUUCAAGCCCAGCCAGAGGCAAAUCUAUCUAUUUGAACGGGGAAUAGUGUUCUGUAAGAUACAGAUGGAGCCCAGUGACCAGGGCCUGUCCCCUCACUACAGCUUUAAGAAGUCUAUGAAGUUGAUGACACUUUCAAUUCGCCAACUUGGAAGGGGGAGCAACAGAAAGUUUGAAAUUGCCAACCAAAAUGGACUUGAAAAAUACAUCCUACAGGCAGCUUCAAAAGAAAUCAGAGAUUGUUGGUUUUCAGAAAUAAGUAAAUUAUUGAUGAAACAACAAAACAAUAUUAAAGAUGUUUGUGAAGAUGAAGACAAUGGCAGACAAAUAUCCCCAAAACGUUGCUCAAGCAGGGAGUUUGUCUCCGUGGAAACCUCUGUCAAUUGUGAAGGUGCAGAAGAUUUGGAAAAGGAGAGCAGUGUCCUGAGUCUCUCGGGACUUUUCCAGUUGGACAACAGUUAUGAGACCUCCAAGUCUGGUCAGGAGAAAGGAGAAAGCAUCCGGGGACAGAAAGAGGGCUGCCAAAAGGAGGACACGGCCACGAGCAAAACUGAGAGCCUUGGGAUGUCUACUGGCUUGCUCGCCCCUGCGGGGAAGGCCGAUUUCCCCCAAGCAGAGGCAGUGAGGGCGCAAGAAGGGAGCCUGAGACCGCCCUCCGCAGAGAACUGAUACUCGUUCCAGACCACUGAGCCUCCCCGGCCGAUUGUAUUCCGGGGAGCCGCUUCUGCGGGCGCAGAGCAGAAGCAGCAAAGGGAUCUCACAGCCCACAGAUCCGCUGUCCUGCCCGGGAGCGACUGGACCAUCUUCCCGGAGCCUGAGGAGCGGUCCACGUCUGCGCGGGGAGCCUCGGGCUGUUCCACGCGCGGCCGUGCGAGCGCAGGGACUCGGAGUAGACCCUUUGGAGAACCUGCAAAUGCCGACACGCGCCCGCGCUGGGACAGGGCGCAGUCUGUGGAAAACCUUGCGCCUCUCUAGACGCGCCUUGGACUCAACCUCUAGCUGCUCCACAUGUGCGCCUACGGAGGUUAGGGAUCCAGUCCUGGAAAGCUGAGUCCAAGGUUUCUGAAUGUUGGCACUUUUGACUUUGGGGUAACUGCUGUGGAGGCUCUCUUGGGCAUUGUAGAAUGUUUAGGGGCAUCUCUGCCUUCUAUCCCCUAGAUGCCAGAGACACCUCCCACCCACUCACCGAAAUCAAGACAAUCAAAAAAUGCCUUCAGACAUUGCCAAAUUUCUGCUGGGGCGGGAGUGGAGAGCUAGAUUGAGAACCUCUGAUCGGAGCCGCUCAAACUCUACAGGGCAGCCCUGCGCUCUUCUCCCUGAAUACCCACAAGAAUGUUAACUGUGAUAUUUGUGUUACUUUGUUCCAGGGUUGUUUCCUCUUAGUGAGGGCUGGCUACAAGUAAACUUCUGAGAUAUUUACGUUUAGAUUUAUUAGUUUUUAAGUUACCUUCAUUCAUUUUCAGUAAUUUAUUUUUAGUUUUAUUAGGUAAUAUUCAUUUUUGUUUUUAGUUUUAUCUUUAUUUAAUCUCAUAGCUUUAAAGCUACCUGUUUAUAACUAUUUGGUCUUACUUAGUUCCUUAGUUUUUAUUUUCAGUU